GGGACGAGGACUCUAAGAAGGAUGUUGUUGUUAGCUUCUGCGGUAAACAUUACUGCACACAUUUGGAACCUGUAAAGGUCGAAGAAGUGGGAGUUUUAACUGAGGUUUCAGCUUCCAGCAAACAUCACAAGCUGUCAAGCAACUCUUAAUGGGCUGAGAUCCACCUGCAUUCAAAAUGACCAGAAACAGACAGUGUAUCCUGUGUGAAACCCUCUGCGCUUCCAAGCAGGAGAUGGAUGAGCACAUAAGGAGCAUGCUUCACCACCGCGAGCUGGAGAAGCUUAAAGGCCGGGACUGCGGACAUGAGUGCAGAGUGUGUAAGGUGAAGGUGGUGAGCCUGACUGACUAUGCCAGCCACAUUUCCAGCCCCACGCACAAACAAAAUGCGGAGGCCGCUGACAAACAGGGGGCCACAAAGGACCACGAUGAAGAAUACUUUGAUCAGACGCUGGUGGACCUGAUUGAAAAGAGGAAAGAACGGAUCAGAAAAGAGAAGGAGGCUGCAGCUGCAAUGCAGGCAAAAGAAGAAGAAGAACAAAAGAGGAAGGAGGAGUUUCAGCAGAGACUAAACAAACUUAAGGAACGUUACUGCCUGGAUCGUGUGUGGCAGGCACCUCCGCAGGGCUUCAGUGGAUCUAGUCACCACAAGUCUUGGCAUCGGAGCAGCUAUUAUGAUGGCAGCACAGAGGAGGCAAGACCUUGGCAUAAAAGCAAACAGGGGAAGAGUGCCACGUGGCAUGCUCAGGAUCCCCCCCAUUUACAGAAGUGGCCAACUGUAGAGUUUUCUCAUAAAAGGGUGGAUAGCAACAAGACAUGGGGCAGUGGUAAUCAGCAAAGUCGACUGCCGUGGCUCAGCAAUGGAGGCAGCAGUAACGGGCUCUAUGGUCAUAACAAUAUCGCCAGGUAUUGCCCAAAAGCCAGACCCCACAGUUUCAUGGGGUCUAAUUCUGUAUGUACAAACUCAACACAUUUUUUGGGCCAGGCUUUUACCCACUUUGAAAGUAAAAGAAAUGUCGCGACUGGUCAGCAGGAUGCUGGGCUUCAACACGGAGAGGCAUCACUGGCAGACUCAGACUGUCACAGUAAAAACUCUAAAAUGUUCGGCAGCAAUCCGAAGCUAGACAAAAACUGUCGCUGGUCCCCUUAUCCUGUUGCAUCUGGAUCACAUAGUGAGACUCACCAAAAUCCACCAGAGAAGCACCAAAAGUCUUCAAAGCCUCAGAAAAUGCCCCAAUCUGAGCGCAAACCAGGGGUAUCAAGUAUGCAAAAUGUGGAAGAGAAUGGGAGGCUUCAAGUAAAACCAAAGCCCCAUCUCAGAGACGGAAGCUGUAACAGCAAUCAAAGAAACAGCCAGGACAGUGCAUCUGGUUUCUCCAGUCAGAAGGCAAAUAAACCAUCACUGGAUGUAGGUCAGAAGGGUUCAUCACCUUCUGGUAUCAGAAGUGAAGCUCAGCGCAGCAAGGCCUCCAGUCUGCAAUCAAAACCAAGUGGAAAACAAAAUGGGCAGAAGGUACCUAUUGGGUACCUUACAUCAAGGCAGGAAAAGUACCUUCCGGAGUCAUUUAUCUCUGUCAGGCAGAUUGCUUUUGAAAGAAGGGGCUCUUUGGAAAGGACACCUCACCUACAAACGGAUCAGAGACAGAAUCAAAGUGAACCUGUCAAAGGGAAAAGUGCAAGAGAGAGUUCUGGUAAAGCAACAUCACCUGCUACGCUCAGUCAAGAAUCAGCUCUACCUUCAUCAACAGAAGACAAGUUUGUCCAGUCUCUUCAUGUAAGCACCUCUACCACGGAGAGCUCACAGCCUGCAGCUUCCGUAAAGGAGGAUGAGGAGAAAAGGAACAAAAUAGAGAAGCACAGCCCCUCAGCGGUCCAAACUGAGGCCAUGCAGGUGUCUGAGGCAGGGCAGAGCUCAGAGAGUGACACUCCCAGAACCGGUGAGGCACAGAUGGCCUCCGGAUCGGACACAUCUGCUUUGUCCAUACUUGACCUCCCCCCUGUCUUAAAACGGGACCUCACCAAACACAUGAGCUCCAAGAACAAAACACCUGGCCAUGAGCCAAACCUGAACAUUGCCAGACGCGUGCGGAAUCUAAGUGAGUCAAGGCGAAGUGACACAGAAAAAGAUACUGGCCUCAAACCGACUGUAAGACAGCUCAUAAACUCCUCGAGCUCGCGCCGCUGUGUGAACUGGGAUCAGGUUUAUCAGGAGGUCAGAAAGAAGCAGGACAAAGGAAAAGGCAUGCCAAGGUUUGGAAUUGAGAUGGUGCCAUAUGAGCAGGAGUCCCAAAGCCAGGAGGAGGCUGGUAUAUCCCUCAGUGAGGAUUUUCAGUGGGAAUCAUUGAUGGAAAUCACUUCGGAGAGCAAAUCUCGAAAACGCUCCUUGUCAGAAAGCAGCCUUGCACCUGCAUUGCCUCAUUCAAUGUUUGCAUCUUUAAAAUCAGAGGACGCAGUAGAGAAGGAGGGGUUCAGCUCAGGGCAGUCAGGGUCUACACUUCCUUCCGCUCCAGAAAAGCAAGAGCAUCAGUGUCAGCCAGAAGAGGAAGCGCAGAAACAGCCAGACAAACUAGCAUGUGCAGCAGUGAAAGCUCUCCAACCAUCUGAUUUAGCGCCGGGGGACAGCAGCUCAGGGACGGAGCAGUACGACGGGCAGGGGACAGGGAAGAGGCGACGUGCAGCCAGGGUCUCUCCCAGCACAGGGGCAUCUUGUCUGGGGCACAACAACAAAAGAAGGAAAGUCAAAUCAAAAAGAGAGCGCCUGCAGAUUGACCAGCUGCUUGCAGUGUCACUGCGGGAGGAGGAGCUGAGCCAGUCCUUGCAGAAUGUGGACACCAACCUGAUCCAGGCCCGGGCGGCACUGGAGGCUGCCUACAUGGAGGUGCAGCGGCUCGUGGUGCUUAAACAGCAGAUCACUGUGGAGAUGAGCACAAUGAGAAACAAACGGAUAGAUUUGCUUAAAGACAUGCAAGGAACGUUAGAGGAAGCACCUGAAGUCACUCUCAAAGAAAAAAUGGAUCCCUUUGGAGCUGAGCUUCCUGAAACAUCUUCCUCCAUCGAAUGUUCCUCAGCCACUGCUGUUUUCAGUCCUAAUCAUUCUGCAGAAUGUGCCUCCCCUCCUUCCUCCAAUCUUCCUUUGUCUAUAGUCAUCAAGGAGGAGCCCCAGUCCCCAGUCUGUGUGAGCUUGGAACCAGACCCUGAUAAUAACACAACCAACUGUGCACAUAGCACCACUCCAGAGCUUCCAGUCGCUUCAGGCACAAACCAUUGUGAAGAUACUGCCUACAGUUUGGGGUCGUCUUCUGACAGAAAACUAGAGCCAUACCAAGGAAAUGGUGAAGAGCCUCCAGACUGCAACGAGAAGUUAUCAGCACAGAUUGAACAAACUGAAAAGGCUUUAGAGGCGUCGUUGAUCUACAGCGACUCCAAAAGCUUGUCAAAGCCAUCGCCCACCAGGAGAGGCUCUGCGGCUCCUGAUAGUGCUGUCAUUCAGUCGCUGCAGUCAACCUCUGCGUUUAAUCUGCCUGCCUCUCCGCCCGAACUGAGGAGCGGAAAGCGUGUGAGGAAGCUCAAAAAGAGGAAGGUGUUGAAAAAGGCUCAGGGAACAGAGCAGUUUCAGAGCAGUGACACUGAGAUGGACGAAGAGGCCUCGAGGCCAAGGUGUCUGCGCCAGCGUAGGAGGCCCAGCGGGGGCUCUCAGGUCAGUGCUUCCAGUUUGCCUACAGAUGAAGGAAGCAAGAAAACUCUCAGUUCGCUACAUUCAGCCACAAAAACUGAAAGUGGAACCCAAGAAUUUCCAGACUCAAUGGUAGAGCUUCCCCAAGCUGCUCCUUCAGAGAACCUUGAUUUAGAGGGAAGCAUGGAGGUCACCGCAGCCUGUCAGCAGCCACAGAAGGAUGCAUUCCUUCAAGCCCCUCCUCCCUUACCUCUGGUCCCAGAUCCGUGUCAACCUGAGCCGCACAGCCUGGCCUGCAACCAGGUUUCCUCCACCAGUGACUUGGAUCUGUGCAAAUCCUCUGAGUGUGAUCUGCCUUUUCCCGUCACAUUGUCCAAAACCUCGUCAGAUGCAUUCUCUGAUCGUGGUGAGAAUGACAUGGCGACUGAAGGUUCGUUUGAUGGCCACCAGGAGGCCGUGAACGCCCUCCAGAUCCACAAUGAGCUGCUCUACACAUGCUCAGGAGAUCGAACCAUCAAAGCCUUUGACUUGCUGAGUCAUAAAUGCGUGGGUGUGUUUGAGGGUCACAGCUCCAAAGUGACCUGCCUGUUAGUGUCCGCAGCUCCAUUCCUGCACCAUCGCCUUUAUUCUGGUUCCAGUGACCAGACCAUCCGCUGCUACAAUCUCAAGACACGAGAAUUUGAGCAACAUUUCUCUCUGUCCGACCGAGUCCUCUGCCUUCACAGCCGAUGGAAGACUUUAUACGCUGGUCUGGCCAAUGGUACAGUGGUGACGAUUAACCUCAAGACAAACAAGCAGAUGGAUGUGUUUGAGUGCCACGGGCCGCGUGCCGUGAGCUGUCUGGCCUCGUCGCAGGAGGGGGCCCGGAGGAUCCUGCUGGUUGGUUCCUAUGACAGCACCAUCAGCGUGAGAGCAGCACACAACGGACUGCUGCUCCGCACAUUGAAGGGCCACACCAAGAGUGUUCUCUGCAUGACGGUGGUCAAUGAUCUGGUAAUUAGUGGAUCCAGCGAUCAUUCUGUAUAUGCUCACAACAUCCAUACAGGAGAGCUUGUGCACUCAUUUAAGGGUCAUAGCCAUGCCGUUACCGUGGUGACCAUUCUUGGGAAAGUGAUGGUCACAGCCUGCCUGGACAAACUGGUCAGAGUUUAUGACCUACAUUCUCAGGACCAGCUGCAGGUCUACGGUGGAUACAGUGAUAUGGUGUUGUGUAUGUCCAUUCAUAAGAACAUGAUCUACACCGGAUGUUAUGAUGGCAGCGUGCAGACCGUGAAGCUGAACCUGAUGCAGAACCACCGUUGCUGGUGGCAUGGCUGCUCGCUGGUCUUUGGGAUGACAACGCAUCUCCAGCAGCACCUGAUCAACAACCACACUAGUGCCAAUUUUCAGACGUUUAAAUGCCGCUGGAAAAACUGUGAAGAGAUUUUCAGUGUACGCAGCAGCUCCAAGCAGAUGGUGAUGCUGCACAUGCAGAAACAUGCUGAGGAAGAGACUGCAGUGGAGCCAUAGGGGGCUGGUGGUGGGAACUUAUUUUCACUAUUAGUCCCCCCUCCAUCCAUCCUAUUAUCUUAACCCAUCUUUCUUUUAACCUCCCAUAUUGGGCGGGGUAUGUUCUCGGGACCUUCUACUCCUAACCAUGCUCCCUUCGAGCCUGACUCCAUCCUUUUUGUUCGGUGUUGGAAUCUAACCAUAAUUCUGUCGCAAAAGGAGGGUGGGUUGUGUUGUUUUUAAGUACGUUCUGAGAAACAACCCUCCCUUUCCUUUUGUCAGACCACCGUGUUUCCUCUUUCACUGACCAAAGCAAGAUAAAGAAACACACAACUUUAGUUUUUUUGAAGAAACUCUAGUGUUGCCAGAGCCUGAGGGAUCUGUUCCAUUUUUCUGCUGCAGCUACAGCAAAAAAUCUAGAAUUGUCAUGUAGAUUCACCAUAAUGUGGCAUGGUUUGAGAUGUUUUUAGAGGUGUGCAGUUGUGAUAUGUUAUGCUGAACGACCUGACGUUACUUUUCUCUUUCUACGAAGUUGCUGUAGCCUCAUGUUUACAGCAGGACUGAGUGCAUUGCUACUGUGUGAUCUCCUCGGUCAUAUUUACCAGGGUGGUGGGAGUUUAUCGAACGUUUUUUGUUCUUUUAAUUAUUAUUUAUUUGUUGCUCAUCCAGAUGUCCAAGGACUGUCUGACUUGAGGUUUGUGGUGAGAACAUGAAAGUUGAGGUGUUUCCUACUGUAUGUUUUAAUCUACGUGUUUUUUGUCGGUUUUAACGCUGUUACGUGAACCUUGUUUGUCAAGAGUGAAGAGAGGUCGUUUUUCUUUUUCGGUUUAUUUUAGAUUUGGAGCAUCUAGCAGAAGGCACAGGAGCUUUAUUUUCCACACUUAUGAUUUCCUCACAAAGUGUGGAUCUGAAGGAUGUUAAGAGGAGGUGUUGGAUGGAAGAACAUUGAAGGAAGAGUAGAAUUUCAUCUCCCAUGCCAAUAGUCAAGGAACUGGUAGCACAAACUGCCCCUUUAAAGUGGGUUUCCAGAGGUUUUUACCAGCAUGAUGUUCUCUUCGUGUAAAAGGAUGCUGUUCACCUCUUAUCUGGCAUUCCGGAGUUUCUUCAAGAUUUUCAUUUUUUAUCAAUGUUCUGAAGAACUAUUUUUUUAAAAGUGCAAUCUACAAAGAUGUUAAUAAUAAAAAUUGUGUGCAACAUAAAAA